AGAGAAGAAUAAAUCACCAGAACGCACCGUACCAGAACAAACAGGACAGAACCAUGGUCCCCACCCCACCGUAUGCCUCUCUUCUCUCUGGCUGGUUGGUUGCCUUUCCCUUUCCCUUUCCCUUAUAAACAACUCCCAAAGACGCUCUCUUUCUUUUUCCAGAUCUCAGCCCCCCUCCCUUUCCAAAUAGAGAGUUUCCUCACUGUCAAGAUGGGAUCUCCAUCGAGAUCUAUCCACAAAUCGACCGCGACGAUGAUCUCCGCGAUUCUCCUCCUUUUUCUGGUCGGCGGCGUUCACUGCUUCUACCUUCCUGGUGUCGCCCCCGAGGACUUCCAGAAGGGAGAUCCUUUGAAGGUGAAAGUGAACAAAUUGACGUCUGUAAAGACACAACUUCCUUACUCAUAUUAUUCACUUCCUUUUUGUCCACCCAAAAGGAUAGUUGACAGUGCAGAGAAUCUUGGGGAAGUGCUUCGUGGUGACCGUAUUGAAAACUCUCCUUAUGUGUUUAAAAUGCGAGAGCCACAGAUGUGUUCUGUUCUUUGCCGGAUUACACUUGAUGCCAAGACUGCAAAGCAGUUUAAGGAGAAGAUUGAUGAUGAAUAUCGAGUCAAUAUGAUCCUGGAUAACCUACCGCUUGUUGUUCCUAUUAGAAGAUUAGAUCAGGAUUCUCCAACUGUUUAUCAGCUUGGCUACCAUGUUGGGCUCAAAGGCCAAUACAGUGGGAGCAAGGAAGAAAAACAAUUCAUUCACAACCAUUUGGCAUUUACUGUCAAGUAUCAUAGGGAUUUGCAAACUGACUCUGCUAGAAUUGUGGGAUUUGAGGUCAAACCAUACAGCAUUAAACAUGAAUAUGAGGGGAAAUGGAAAGAGAGCACUCGUUUAACAACAUGCGACCCCCACACUAAACGGAUAGUUGUUAAUUCUAACACUCCUCAAGAAGUUGAGGCAAACAAGGAGAUUAUAUUCACCUAUGAUGUUGAAUACCAGGAGAGUGAUGUGAAGUGGGCAUCUAGAUGGGAUGCAUAUCUUUUAAUGAGUGAUGACCAAAUACACUGGUUCUCAAUUGUCAAUUCUUUAAUGAUUGUACUCUUCCUUUCGGGCAUGGUAGCAAUGAUUAUGCUAAGGACACUUUACCGUGAUAUUUCUAAGUAUAAUGAACUUGAGACCCAGGAAGAAGCCCAAGAAGAGACAGGAUGGAAGCUUGUACAUGGGGAUGUGUUCAGGCCUCCAUCCAAUUCUGAUCUGCUUUGUGUGUAUGUUGGCGCUGGUGUUCAAUUUUUGGGCAUGGUACUUGUUACCAUGAUCUUCGCUGUUCUUGGAUUUCUUUCCCCUUCCAACCGAGGUGGCCUUAUGACAGCUAUGCUCUUACUUUGGGUCUUCAUGGGCAUUUUUGCUGGCUAUGCCUCUGCUCGUCUAUAUAAAAUGUUUAAAGGAGCAGAGUGGAAGAAAAUAGCUCUCAGGACUGCAUGCAUGUUCCCAGCCAUUGUCUUUGCCAUCUUCUUUGUCUUAAAUGCUCUCAUAUGGGGCCAGAAGUCUUCCGGGGCUGUGCCAUUUGGAACAAUGUUUGCUCUGGUUGUCCUAUGGUUUGGAAUUUCAGUUCCACUUGUUUUUGUGGGUGGUUAUGUUGGGUUCAAGAAGCCAGCAAUUGAGGAUCCUGUGAAGACAAAUAAAAUUCCAAGGCAAAUCCCUGAGCAGGCUUGGUAUAUGAACCCAAUUUUCUCUAUUCUAAUUGGAGGAAUACUUCCAUUUGGAGCUGUUUUCAUCGAGCUGUUCUUCAUUCUUACCUCAAUCUGGCUGAAUCAGUUCUACUACAUCUUUGGUUUCCUGUUCUUGGUUUUCAUUAUCCUCCUUAUCACUUGUGCUGAAAUAACCAUUGUGCUUUGCUACUUCCAGUUAUGCAGUGAAGAUUAUCUCUGGUGGUGGAGGUCAUAUCUCACAUCAGGCUCUUCAGCCUUGUACCUCUUCCUCUAUGCUACAUUCUACUUCUUCACAAAGCUUGAGAUCACUAAGCUGGUUUCUGGACUCCUAUACUUCGGAUACAUGCUAAUUGCUUCAUAUGCAUUUUUUGUGUUAACGGGCACCAUUGGAUUUUAUGCAUGCUUUUGGUUCACAAGGCUUAUCUACUCGUCUGUCAAGAUCGAUUAAUGUGUAAAACAGAAUAUGCUUUUUUAUAAUAUUGUUGUCUUAGGUUAUGAUUCAAGAUUAAGAUAUAAUCAUGCUUUAAGAUGUAAACUUUAAUGCUCAUUUUUUAACUGAGUUCUUUUUUAUAGUUGAUUGAAGCAUACCUUUAUCCUAAUGUAUGUUGAGAGGAGCUUCUUGUGAUUCUUUUGUUGAACAUUCUCCUGUUGAAUUAGAAAUUGCUGUGAAAAAUUCAUUACGGAUGACUGAACUUAUCUACAUAUAUA